GGCCUAGAGAGGUGUCCCAGUCAGGAGGUAAGGCCUAGAGAGGUGUCCCAGCCCCAGUCAGGAGGUAAGGCCUAGAGAGGUGUCUUUCCCCUUAGUCAGUCAGUAUGGCCCAGGCGGAGGCCCAGCCCAGUGGGGAUAACAGCCCCCAGCUCAUCUCCCUCCAGUCGGAGAGGUCAGAGGCAUCAGGGAACCACGCAGAGGUGGGCUCCGCCAACCGGAGGAAGAGGAGGAGGAAGGAGCCCAGACCUGAGUCCAUCAUUGUGUAUCGCUCAGACAAUGAGAGGGGGCCCGGGGAGGAGCAGGUGGGAGAGGAGGGAGGUGCUGAGAGGAGCACCGAGGAGGGGGCCAAGUUCCUCAACACACCCACCGGCGAAGGAGGCUGGAACGACAGGAGCAUGCCCCCAGACAGCCGUUAUGUGACCUUGACCGGCACCAUCACCAGGGGGAAGAAGAAGGGUCAGGUGGUAGACAUCCACGUUACUCUAACAGAGAGAGAACUCCGGGACAUGGCCCUCUCUAAAGAACGUCUGGACGCUGAGUGUGAGAGGGGCCAGGGCUCCAAGUGUUCCUGUGGCUUGGGGUUCUUUCAGGGACCCCAUGUGAUCCUCUGGAGCCUAUUGUGUGCUCCUCUGGUGUUCCUUAUCGCCUUCAUCACGUCGUUUUACUAUGGCACGCUCACCUGGUACAACGUGUUCCUGGUCUACAACGAGGAGAGAACAUUCUGGCACAAGAUUACCAUCUGCCCCUUCCUCAUCAUCUUCUACCCCAUGCUGAUCAUGCCCAUGGCCCUGUCCCUGGCUCUGUACUCCACCCUGGCGCAGGUGUCCUGGGUCUUUAGUGAGUGGUGGCUGUCUGUCCGCGACCUGGAGAAGGGGUUUUGUGGCUGGGCCUGUGGGAAGCUGGGGCUGGAGGACUGUUCUCCAUACAGUAUCGUGGAGCUGCUGGACUCUGACAACUUCUCAGGGAGCAUGCAAGGGAGUAACAAGGCCCCGGUUGUUGAGGAUGCUCAGACGUCCUCUGUGUGAGACUGGGUUGUUUUCACGAGGAAGCAAACGGGUCGAAACAGGUUAGAACUACCUGAACUUAUCCGUUAAUAAGAAACACUUUUUGCAAUGGUGUACCCACUAAUGAAUAUAACCCUGGACUGGCAUCAUGGACACAACACACAAACUGGCAUAGUUGUCAUACUUUCACGUUUUUCGAUACCAUCAAAAAAGCCG